UACCGCAACAACAGAUUAGAACAGUGGAAAGCGAGCGUAGCAGCAGCCCCCGCAGAGACAAGAAUAAAGCUGAAACAAAAACCAAACUCAGCCCAACAAAGCAAGGAAACUAAGUAGUAAUAAGGAAGAUAUAGACGACAAGAAAGAAACUCUCUCAAAAUCGUAAACCCAAAUUUUUUUUUUUUUGUUGUCAAAACCAAAAACCCCGUCUCUUUCUUUGUCCCAUGAUUCUGUUCUGAAAAGUAAAGGGAAACUUCAAUCAAACUGGAAACAAAGGAAAGAGAAAACAAAAAACUGAAUUAUGGGUUGUUGUGAAUCAUCUUUUCUAACAGAGACCCACCCAGAAAAAGACCAGACUCAGCAACAACAGGAGCCCCGGAACCAUAACCAAUCAGGUUCAGGUGCUGGACUCGACCCGGCUGCUGCUAAUGGAGUCCCUUCUUUCUCAGAGUUCUCUUUGGCUGACCUCAAAGCAGCCACCAACAAUUUUAGUUCAGAUAACAUAGUUUCUGAAAGUGGGGAAAAAGCUCCUAACCUUGUUUAUAAAGGUCGUUUACAGAACAGGAAAUGGAUCGCUGUUAAGAAGUUUACUAAGAUGGCUUGGCCUGACCCCAAACAAUUUGCGGAGGAAGCAUGGGGAGUAGGGAAGUUGAGGCACAGGAGGCUGGCAAAUUUGAUUGGGUAUUGCUGUGAUGGAGAUGAAAGGCUGCUUGUUGCUGAGUACAUGAUUAAUGAUACUCUUGCUAAGCAUUUGUUUCACUGGGAAAAUCAAACCAUCGAGUGGGCAAUGCGCUUAAGGGUAGCUUCCUGCAUUGCUGAAGCUUUAGAUUAUUGUAGUAGCGAGGGCCGUCCAUUAUACCAUGAUUUAAAUGCUUACAGGGUUAUUUUUGAUGAGGAUGGUGAUCCACGUCUUUCAUGUUUUGGCCUGAUGAAAAAUAGCAGGGAUGGGAAAAGUUAUAGCACUAAUCUUGCCUACACUCCUCCUGAGUAUCUAAGAAAUGGGAGAGUCACCCCCCAAAGCGUUAUAUACAGCUUUGGCACUGUUCUUCUUGAUUUGCUAAGUGGGAAGCACAUUCCUCCUAGUCAUGCACUUGAUAUGAUACGGGGCAAAAACAUCAUUCUCCUCAUGGACUCACAUUUAGAGGGAAAAUUUUCUACAGAGGAGGCAACAGUGGUUGUAGGCCUUGCUUCUCAAUGUUUGCAAUAUGAACCCAGGGAGCGGCCUAGUACGAAGGACCUUGUUGCAACACUUGCUCCAUUGCACACCAAACCUGAUGUUCCAUCUUAUGUCAUGCUUGGAAUCUCAAAAUAUGAGGAAGCUCCUGCAACUCCACAACGUCCACUUUCACCAAUGGGUGAGGCCUGUUCACGACUCGACCUCACAGCAAUUCAUCAGAUAUUGGUGAUGAAUCACUACAAGGAUGAUGAAGGGACAAAUGAGUUAUCUUUCCAAGAGUGGACCCAGCAGAUGAGAGAUAUGCUUGAGGCUAGGAAGCGAGGAGACUAUGCAUUCCGUGAUAAAGAUUUUAAAACCGCCAUUGACUGUUAUUCUCAGUUCAUAGGUGUAGGAACCAUGGUCUCCCCGACUGUUUUUGCUCGGCGCAGUCUUUGCUAUCUCUUCUGUGAUCAGCCAGAUGCUGCCCUUGCAGAUGCAAUGCAGGCACAAAUUGUGAAUCCUGAGUGGCCUACCGCUUUCUACAUGCAGUCAGUUGCCCUUGCCAAACUAGACAUGCACAAGGAUGCCGCAGACAUGUUGAAUGAAGCUACUGGACUUGAAGAAAAGAGGCAACGAGGUGCCAAGGGAUCAUGAGAACAAAGUCUUGUAUUGAUUCUACACACCAGUACCCCAUUCUUGUUGAGGCUGCCCAAAGUUUGUGUAAAAAAUCUGAGCUUGAAAUUGAAUUUCAAAAUUGAAAAAUGUAUGAGAAGGAAAAGAAUGUGUAUUUUCUAAUGGAAUACCUGUCUUUCAUGUUUGCAAA